CCAUCAUAAAGUUAGGCCUUUGCUGAGAAGAUGGAUAAGGUCUUUAAGCUUAGCCAUACUCAUUGAUCGAACUUCGAUUCCGAAAGCUUGAUAUGUUUGAAAAUAAUUAUUGACAGAAGGAUUUCUCAUGAGAUUAGCAGAACGAGUCAAUAAUUUUUACUUUAUUGUGCCAAAUUAGCAAAGGGUUAAGCCCAUAUUCUGAGCUUAACUGCAUGAAUCAGAAUUAAUUAACACUAAACUUAACUGUCAUUAAAAUUAUUUCAUAAAAUAUGAGGACGCUUGCCCACAGAUAGAUGAGCAUAUUGCUAUUUUGAACUUGUGUUUGCAUGUAAAAUAAGUGCUAUCA